AAUUCGCUUCCCGGCUGGCGAGAGAGUUUCUUCUUUCGGUGCUUUUCCCCCGCCGCCGCCAUGCGCUCGGUGGUCCCCGACUAUUCACCAGGCUUCAAGAAGCCCCCCCAGAUGUUGCGUCUGAAGCGGAAAAGGCUUCGGAGGAGGGAGCCGACCCCUUCCCCCGGACAGUCCCCCGCGGCGCCUUCUUCCAGCCUCCUUGCAGACGGCGCUCUCUUCCCUCGGCCCUUUCCCGGCACCCGCAGGCGCAACCCCUUCUCGAGGCUGGAGAAUAGUCCGGGGCCCGGCGGCCAGAGUGUUUCUCCAACGCAGGAAGGAACAGAGAAGGAGCCACCAGCCUCUGGAAACGAUGCACGUAAUGCAUGCUUCAGUGAAGAGUUCUUAAAUAGUCUUCAGGAGGGCCUGCCCAUUGCGAAGGAAGUGUUUUAUGAAACAUCAGCUCCAGCUUUAAUCAGUGACCUACAUCAGACCACUUCCCAUACUAAAGUUUCUUCACCAAGUUAUGAAUUUCCUGCAGAUUGGAGCAUUAAAACUCGUCUUCUCUUGAAAUCUUCCCAUUCAUUCUCAUGGGCAGAUCAUUUAAAAGCACAAGAAGAAUCUCAAGGAUUUGUCCAGCAUUGUAGAGCAACAUCAAUAAACCUGCCUCAAAGUAUUCAGGAACCAAAACUCUCCACGGAACUUAGAUGUGCUUUCCAGCAAAGCCUUGUAUAUUGGCUUCAUCCUUUCCUGCCAUGGCUACAGUUAUUUCCUCGCAUUGGGGCAGACAGAAAAAUCGCUGGAAAAUAUAGUGCUUGGUCUCAUGAUGAAGCACUGCAGCAAGUUCUCAUGAGUGAAUGGUCUCUCAGUUUUACCUCGCUUUAUAAUCUGCUGAGAGCCAGACUGUGCCCUUAUUUCUACGUUUGCACUUACCAGUUCACUGUACUGUUCCGUGCAGCAGGGCUUGGUGGAAAUGAUAAGAUCACAGCAUUGAUUUCUCCCACAACCAGAGGUUUAAGAGAAGCCAUGAAAAAUGACGGUAUUGAAUUUGAGUUACCUUUCCAAGAAACUAAAAAAAGAAAAUGUUAUUCUUCAGCAUCCCACUUAGAAACAGGACUUGCUAGUGAUUCUGAGAUGAUAGAUAAGGAUGCUGAAAAUGAUGAGGAACGAGUAAUAAGUAGUGGCGAUGAUGAUGAAGAGGGAUUUUCAUGGUUACAAGAGAUGGGCGUUCAAGACAAAAUCAAACAGCCAGAUGCAAUUAAUAUCAAACUCUGUAAAGAAAGGAGAGGGCUACAGCUAGAUCACAAACCUGAAUCUGUUGCUCUGGUGCAAGGAACAAACACUUUCACUUUACUUAACUUCUUGAUGAACUGUAAAAGUUUAGUGGCUUCUGCCGGCCCUCAGGCUGGAAUUCCUCCCACGCUGCUGUCUCCAAUUGCUUUUAGAGGAGCAACAAUGCAGACGCUCAAGGCUCGAAGCAUAAAUGUGAAAGCACAAGUUCAUUCCCAAUACAAAGAUAUAUUUAGCUUGGAGAUUGUGGGCCCCAUCAUGCCUCAUUCUUUGCAUUCUUUGUCAAUGUUGCUCAAAAUUGCUCAAAAGGGAGCUUUUUCUGCUAUGUGUUACACACAUGACCCAACAGCAGUGUUCAAUGCAGUCACCAGCAAUGAGAACAGCAUAACAAAAGAAUCCCUGAGCAAAGACCUUAGUAGGACCGGACUACAUCCCCGCACCUUGAAUCAACUGGCACUCUCUCCAACAUUAGGGAAGUCUUGUAUACGGGUCUUAGAAAUGAAUAAUUAUAUCUAUACCUGGAAGUCCUAAGUAAUGUCACUCAACACAGUAAGUUGCAAUUAGUGUCUUCUGAACUCUUAUGUUGCUGUUAUGCCCAUCUAAAACAGCAUCGCAGGAAGAACAUUCCGUUUAUGAAAUUGUAGGCUAAUUCUACAAUGUGGCUUAACUUUCAUAAUGACUUGGUCAAGUUCAUUUGUUGUGUGUAGUUUAAUAUAACCACUGCCUCUUGAAAUCAAACAGCUGUAUAUAUUUUUAAAUAAACUUUAUAAGGAA